AUGGUCCCGCUUCGAUCUCAAUCGCUAGCUCUACCGCCCCGCUUCGAGCACGCAAAUACGGAGCUAGCGGUUGAGAUCGAUUGGGGAUUAAUGCGAAGUGCAGCGAUGAACGGUGCCAACAAGGCUUCGCUUACAGUGAAAGCAAAGGGAUGCCCAGUAGAUGCACACAACAUUGCACCAGCGGAUAUACGCCAAAGCUACCUCGGUACUGCCGAGCUAAACCUCAUUUCUCGUCGUCAGUAUCAGCUCAAGUAUACCGAGCGAGCGUUCAAAGAAUUUGGGAUACGGGUAGAGAGCAUGAGUGUACCAGAAGGUGAGACUGCCACUGUGCCUCCUCAAGAUGUUGAACUUCCCAUGGUUGAAGAUGGUGAUCAAAAGAAAGCCGAAGUGACGGAAGAGAAGAAAGACGUGAAAGAUGAUGAUACGGACGAGAAAGAGAAGAAGAAGGAUAAGAAGUCACGCCGUGAUUCUCGAUCUCGCUCCCGAAGCCGUUCUCGUUCGAGUUCGCGCUCAAGGAGCCGCAGUGGAAGCCGAUCGAGAAGUAGAAGCAGAGGAAGAGAACGUCGGCGCUCGCGUCGGUCGAGGUCUCGUUCUCGCACCUACUCUCCGUUGCCGUCUAGCAGCCGUCGAGUUAUCAAUGGGAGAAUCCAUGUUUCCGAUCUCACUGCUUCAAUUUCGAAGAGGGAUCUGGAGAAAGCUUUUGAGAAAUUCGGGAAAGUUGUCGAUAUCUGGCUUGCUUCAUAUCAUCCUUUCUACGCGUUUAUCACUUACAAAAGAGAUGAAGACGCGGAGGAGGCAAUAAGAAAAAUGAAUGAUUCCUACAUCCGUCGUCAACGCAUCCGCGUUGCACACGCUCUGCCUCGUCGUGAGCGCUUUGGAUUCCGCACAUCGUUCGGCAAUGGCUAUGGAGGCGGAGGCUACGGAGGAUCAUACGGGAGGCGCCGUAGAAGAAGCAUUACAAAAAGUCCAAUUCGCACAUCAUCUAGGAGAUCUCGAUCUCGCAGUCGCUCUCGCUCAAGAUCGCGCGACCGCAAGCGCAGUCGUUCGUCGUCGCGUUCUUCAUCUCGUUCACGCUAA